CUCUGUGAUCUGUGAUCUCGCGGCUGACUCUCCAAAUCUCGCGUUGACAGAGACACUGCAUGCGCCAUUAGGGCACGGAGGCGCGCGGGCAGCAGCGACAGACCGACAGAGCUAACCCUCACCCUCACCCUCACCUCACCCUCACCUCACCCUCACCCCGGAGACGGAGACCGUCCGGAGACUUCUGCUGCUCACACCGAGUUUCAAGAUCCAGCAGCAUCAUGGCUGAUGACCUGGACAUCGAGGCGAUGCUGGAGGCUCCGUACAGGAAGACUUGCCUAACGAUUUCUCACCUCUACUCCCCUGAAUGCCAGUGUGAUCUGUCAGAAACAUGAAGGACGACGCCAAGGCCCCGAGCCCCAACGGCCAGGAGGAGCGCAGCAAGAAGAAGAAGCGCAGCCGCAGUCGCAGCCGGGACAGGAAGCGAAGCAGGAGCCGUGACAGGAAGAAGAGUCACGACCGCAAACGCAGCCGCAGCCGCGAACGGCGCCGCAGCCGAGAGCGCCACCGCAGCCGCAGCAAGAGCCGGGAGAGGAGCGGCCGCUACCGAGACCACCACAAGGUGGCGUUCCGUCGGCGGUCCAGGAGUCGCAGUCCCUUCAGGAAAGACAAGAGUCCCGUCCGGCAGCCGAUAGACAACCUGACCCCAGAGGAGCGAGACGCCCGGACAGUGUUCUGCAUGCAGCUGGCAGCCAGGAUACGACCCCGAGACCUGGAGGAGUUCUUCUCUGCUGUGGGCAAGGUGCGCGACGUGCGGAUGAUCUCAGACAGGAACUCGCGCAGGUCGAAGGGCAUCGCCUACAUCGAGUUCGUGGAGGCGAACUCCGUCCCGCUGGCCAUCGGCCUGUCGGGGCAAAGGCUGCUGGGAGUUCCCAUCAUCGUGCAGGCCUCGCAGGCAGAGAAGAACCGUGCAGCAGCGAUGGCUAACAACCUGCAGAAGGGCAGCUCUGGACCCAUGAGGCUGUACGUCGGCUCGCUGCACUUCAACAUCACUGAGGAGAUGCUGCGAGGGAUCUUUGAGCCGUUCGGACGGAUUGAGAGCAUCCAGCUGAUGAUGGACAGUGAGACGGGUCGCUCUAAAGGCUACGGCUUCAUCACAUUCGCCGAUGCCGAGUGUGCGAAAAAGGCCCUGGAGCAGCUGAACGGCUUCGAGCUGGCGGGACGGCCCAUGAAGGUGGGUCACGUGACGGAGCGGACCGACGCCUCCACCGCCUCGUCCUUCCUGGACAGCGACGAGCUGGAGCGCACCGGCAUCGACCUGGGAACCACGGGACGCCUGCAGCUGAUGGCCCGGCUGGCCGAGGGGACAGGGCUGCAGAUCCCCCCCGCGGCCCAGCAGGCUCUCCAGAUGAGCGGAGCGAUCGCUAUAGGUGCCAUGGCUGCUGUGUCAGCUGCCAUGAACCCGGCCAUGAACCCGGCUCUCAACAUGAACAUGAACUCUGCUGCCAUGAACCUUCCCUCCCAGCCUCUGGCCACACACUGCUUCCAGCUGUCCAACAUGUUCAACCCCACCAGUGAAGAGGCCCCGGGCUGGGACGUGGACAUCCAGCACGAUGUGAUAGAGGAGUGUAACAAACAUGGAGGAGUCGUGCACAUCUACGUCGACAAGAACUCCACAGAGGGGAACGUGUAUGUCAAGUGUCCCACGAUCCCCGCCGCCAUGGCGGCUGUCAACGCCCUCCACGGGAGAUACUUUGCCGGGAAGAUGAUCACGGCCGCCUACGUUCCUCUGCCGACGUAUCACAACCUCUUCCCGGACUCUGUCACCGCCACUCAGCUCCUGGCCCCGCCUCCUCGACGAUGAUCUCACCUGCCACUCAACACACAUCUGCCCUCUGAUUGGACACUGGACGUUUGAGCCCACCCCUUGUUUUCUUUUUCUUUCUUUUUUGUUCUUUUCUCUUGUUGGACAGGAAGGAAGCAGCUCCUCCACUUCCUGCUGAGAGACGACGUCUGUUCGGUUUGUUCACAGCAGCUGACAGGGGGCGCUGUCCGCUGUAUGAGCUAGUUCUGUUUUUGGAGACACACACACACACACACACACACACACACACACACACACACACACAAACACACACCAGCAGCAACAACACAAGAACCAUUUCCUGUUUUUUGUAAAAGUUCUCAGUUUUACUUCCUGUUGUGUUUGUGCUCGUUAGCAUCGCUGGGCGUGGCUAGUCCCUGAGGAGGGCGGGGCUCACUUCCAGCCCCGCCCAUUCAGAAUAUUGUCCAAUGAUUAAGCUCCAUGAGCUCAGUGGAAGCCGUUUGACAGACGACGACGACGACGAUGAUUCUUCUGGCCGAUUGGUUCAUUUGUGCUCAUUAUUAGAGAAGCCAUUUGGUAUUUAACGACCUGUUUUCUAAUCAAGCUUUGAUUUUGUAAAGUCCUUGAUUAAAUUUUAUUUUAAAGUCU